CUGUUCCCCGGCGGACGACUUCAGCUCCGGCGAGCGCCUUCGAUCUCAGGCGACAAAGUUCUGCUACGCGCAUGUACCGAGAUCCUCCAAUUGUUUUCUCUGAUGCUCCUCCGGCUGGAUCCGCUGCAAAUUGGCAUACCGAAGAUGGGGCGGCAAAUGAGGAGAGUUUUGUUCAGCAACCUUUCACAAGUCAUGGUGGUGGGGAUUCAGGUGGUGUCGUAAACACUCACGGUGGAAUGCAUGAUGCAGAUGAGGAUGAUGAUAUUUCAUCUCAGCCACUUCUGCCCUAUGUUGGCAUGGAAUUUGACUCAAUUGAAGAUGCCCAAAAGUUCUAUAAUGACUACGCAUUUGGAACGGGUUUUGGCUCACGCAUAGCUUCCUCAAAGAACAACCAGAAGAAAGGUCCACAACAACUUAUCAAGAGGGUCUUCCAAUGUGUGCAUGCUGGCAAACCGGAGACUACAUGUGAGACAAGCAGCUACUCGGAAGGAAUUGCAGCAGGGGGAAGCUCAUCAAGCAAGCAGGCCGGGGUUGAAAUGGAUGUGACAGUCAAGCGUCAGAGGAAUCGGAUUCCUUUGAUGCAGCAUGAGGAGAUUGUGAGGUUCUACCGCUCACACCGCAAAAUUCCAGAAGAAGAUUACCAACUACUGAUGACAAUGCAUGAUGUAAACUUGUCAACUACAAAUUGCAUGGGAAUGCUUGGAAUGGUCCAUGGCGGAGACCGGAGGAAACUGCCAUAUGUGAAGAGGGAUGUUUCAAAUGCGCGUUCCAAGCUGCGACAAAAUCAGUCAUUUCAGGACAUGGAUAUGACGGUUGCUUACUUUAAGAGGCGUCAAGCUGAGAAUGCUCAAUUCUACUACGCAACAGAAGUUGACAAAGAAACAAACGAAGUGACAGCUCUGUUUUGGGUGGAUGGAAGGACAAGAGCAUUGUACCCAAAGUACAAAGAUUGUGUGUUCUUUGACACAACAUUUUGCACAAAUCGGUAUAAUCUGCCUUUCGCUCCUAUUGUUGGUGUGAACAACCACUUGCAAACCGUGCUGCUAGGUUGUGCCUUGGUGCCAAAUGAACAAAUAGAAACUUUCAAGUGGGUGUUUCAACAUUGGAUGAUUGCAAUGAAUAAUGAGCACCCGUUGAACCUAAUGACUGACCAGGACAAGGCAAUGGAAACAGCAAUAAAAGAUGUCUUCCCAAACACAGUGCAUAGGUGCUGCAAAUGGCACGUCCAGCGAAAAGCAAGGGAAAAAUUGGGUAGGAUCCUGAGCAUGGAUGAAAAUUUUGAGCAGGUUUUCUAUGGGGUUAUCAAUGAUUCGGAGACGGUGGAUGAGUUCGAGGAGAAUUGGCAGCAUAUGCUGCAUUGCUUUAAAUUGGUUGACAACAGACAUCUAAGCAACAUGUGGCGUAAGCGAGAGACAUGGGCUCCAGCAUACUUCCGAAAGAACUUCUUCCCAUUUACAAGCACUACAGGGCGGUCUGAGGGUCUCAACUGCUACUUCAAGACAUUUGUCAACCCUCAAGACUCUGUCUGGAGAUUUGUACAACAAUAUGAGGUGCUUCAAGAAACAAUGUUGGACCGUGAAGAUAAUCAAGCUUUCAUAGGCCACGCAACAACUGCACCACUUUACUCAAGGUACAACUUUGAGCGCCAAGCAGUUCACUUCUAUACCCGAAGCGUGUUUCUCAAGUUUCAAAAAGAGGUCAUGGCAUCAACAGGCUUCAUCAUGAACCUGGCCCCUGCUCUUGACAAUGCAAGCGUGAGGUUUGAGCUGCACUCAAAUUACUUUGAGAACCCCCGAAUAUUUUCAGUGAAUGUUGUGUUGGCAGAGGAGAAGUUUGAAUGCAGUUGCAACUGUUUUGAGAUGAAUGGGAUUAUUUGUGCACACAUCAUAAGGGUAAUGGUGCAUCUCAAUGUCCAAAAAAUUCCACAAAGAUACAUGCUAGAGAGGUGGUCAGAAGCUGCGACAACGGCAAUGAGCGGUGGUGGAUGUCUCCUAGAUUUUGGGCACCCUGCAACCAACACUCUCAAGUACAACGCCUUGUGCAGAAAGUAUACAUGGUUGGCUUCACAAGCUUGCAGCAACGAUCUUGCCUACAAAAUAAUGAAUGAUGCAGCUCACCAACUUGAGCCCCUCAUAGCUGCAGCAAAGCAAGGGGCGCUCCCAGAACAACAGGAAGCAAAUCAGCCGCAAGCAAUGCAACAGCAACAACAAACCCCCGAGCCAACCACUGUGCCGCAACCUGAUGGCGAUGCCAUGCUUCAGAACCCCGCAUGUGUUCCAAAAAAAGGGCGUCCGACUGAAAAAUCAAAGAGGAGAAAGACUCUGCUUGAGCAACGAGAAGAUGCACAUAAGAAUAAAGCUAAGAAAGAUGAAAAGAAGCAAACCAAGCCCAGAGGAAAACUUGGACCAAAGAAGAAAGCGCCUCCUUGUUCGUACUGCAACGAAGAAGGUCACGGUUUCCAAACAUGCCAGUACUUGAAGGCUGCAAUGGGGGUCAAAAAAUGUCCCUACUGUGAAGAGCAAGGUCAUGCUGUGCAAGAAUGUGCCUACCUAAAAGCUGCAAUGAAGACAGAUGCUAGCAUGGCUAGAGCAACAGAGCUUAGGCUGUGA